UUCAUUCUCCAAUCCAAAACCCAUCUGAAACAACUCGAGCUUCUUCCAACAAUCUAGAAAUGACUUCCUCAAAGCUUAGAAGCUCAUGUUCCUUCCCAAACCUUCUCCUCUCUUGUUUGAACUUUACUCUCUUCAUCCUCUCUGCAGCUUCUCUAGCUCCAAUUAUUCUAAUCAAAAUGCCGCCUACUUCUUUUGGUAUGGCACUCCUCACGGUCUCUUGCAUCUCACUGCUCUCAUCUUUUGUGGGUUUCUACUCUCAGCUUACUCACUUCUGUUUUAUAACCCAUGUUUCGCUUCUCCUCGCCUCGGUGAUCGGGCAAUUACUGAGCAUAUUGGCCUUAUUCACUAGAGAAAGAUCAAGCAUUUCGAUGCUCAAGUCACCAAGGGAUCCCAAAGAGGCAAAGGUUUUGGUGAGAUUAGAAUCUGGGAUUUUGAUGGCAAUGUUUCUGAUUCAGCUGUUGGUGUUGGUGUUGAGCUGUGUUAUUUAUAGCUGUUGGGUGAGAGAGUACGAAGAAAUAGAAGCGGAGAGAGAGGCGAUGGCGAGGAAGAGGAGUAGGAGGAUUGCUCAAGUACAAGAGGAAUCCAUGGCCAAUGCAACCAAGAUUGCAGAAACUAAAGCCAAAGAGUUGGAUGAGAAAAUGAAGAGCAAGUAUGGGCAGUGGGUGAAAACUGAUUUUGAAGGCUAAAUAAUAUAAACCAAAACCACCAUUUGGUCAUAUUAUUAUCUCUUAGAUAAUGUAAAAAUAUAAGCGCUUCUUGUUGCUUUUCUUCUUAAUUAGGUCAUUACGGAGGUGGCCAGUUGAUUUGUAUUAUAGCCUUGAGUUGCGAAUUGAGUUUUUUU